UAUUCGAGAUCGUUAGAGUAUAUAUAUGUGUUUCGAGCGGUAUAUAUAUUUCAUGCAGUUCAUGUUGAUAUAUUAGUUCUUAACGUUAAUCUGAGCUGUACGCAACAACCAUGUUUUGUGUGCUUGGAUAACUUUGAACUUAAGAUUAGCCCAGAGCAAAAUGACUACCAAAGGUGUUUUCGUUAUCAUAUAUCUGUGUUUUAUGCAUCAGAUAACAUCAACAUCGACACCAGCAACAAUAUCGAAACAGGAAACAACAUCGACUUCGGAAACAACAUCGACGCCAGAAAAUACAUCGUCGGAAAAAGUUUCGACAAAGGCAACACCACAGACAACGACAACAACAUCGACAGCGGCAGCAAAAUCGACAUCGCCGGCAACAACAUCGACAACAGAAACUAUAUCGACACCGACAACAACAUUGACACCGGAAAAUACAUCGACACCUGCAGCAACAUCGACAUUACUGGCAACAACAUCUACACAGAAAACAACACCGGCACCAGAAACAACAUCGAAAACGACAAUUACAUCAAUACCGGCAGCAACAUUGCCACCAUUGGCAAUAACAUCGACAUCGGAAACAACAACAGAAAUGACAGCAACAACAUCGAUACCGGAAAAUUCAUCGGCACCGGCAGCAACAUCGACAUCACCGGCAGCAACAUCGACAUCACUGGGAACAACAUCUACACAGACAACAACAUCAACACCGGCAGCAACGUCGUCACCACUGGCAACAACAUCGACACAAGAAACAACAUCGACAUCGGAAAAUACAUCGACGACACCGGCAGCAACAUCGCCACCAACGACAACAACAUCGACUCCGGCAGAAACAUCGCCACCAACGACAACAACAUCGACUCCGGCAGAAACAUCGCCACCACCGACAACAACAUCGACACCGGCAGCAACAUUUCCUCCGAUGGCAACAACAUCGACACAAGAAACAACAUCGACACAGACAACAACAUUGACAUCGUCAACAACAUCGACACCGGAAAAUACAUCGACACCGGCAGCAAUAUCGCCACCACCGACAACAACAUCGACUCCGGCAGCAACAUCGCUACCGUCGGCAACAACAUCGACACAGGAAACAACAUCGACACAGACAACAACAUUGACAUCGGAAUCAACAUCGACACAGGAAAAGUCAUCGACACCGGCAGCAACAUUGACAUCACCGGCAACAACAUCUACACCCACAACAAUAUUGACACCGGAAACAUCGACACAGACAACAACAUUGACAUCGGAAAUAAAAUUAACACAGGCAGCAACAUCGCCACUACCGUCUGUAACAACAUCGACACAGGAAACAACAUCGACACAGGUAACAACAUCGACAUCGGAAUCAACAUUGACACAGGAAAAUUUAUCGACACCGGCAGCAACAUCGACACAGGAAACAACAUCGACACCAGAAACAACAUUGAAAAUGACAAUAACACCGACACCAGAAACAACAUCUACACCGACAAUACCGACACCAGAAACAACAUCGAAAACGACAAUAACAUCGACUCCGGCAGCAACAUUGCCACCACCGACAACAACAUCUACACUGGUAGCAACAUCUCCACCAUUGGCUACAACGUCUACACCGGCAGCAACAUCGGAAAUGAUGGCAACAACAUCGAUACCGGAAAAAAAAUCGACACCGGCAACAACAUCGCCACCAUUGGCUACAACAUCUACGCCGGCAGCAACAUUGCCACCACCGGCAACAACAUCGACAAAGACAACAAUAUUGACAUCGGCAACAACAUCGACAUCGGAAAAUAUAUCGACAUCGACAUCAACAGCAUCAACACAGACUACAACACCGACAACGGAAACAACAACAACAUCGACAAUGGCAGCAACAUCGACAUCAUUGGCAACAACAUCUACACCAACAACAACAGCGCAACAGCAUCGACACGACACAUCGGCAACAACAUCGACAACGGAAACAACAUCGACAACGGAAAAUACAUCGACACUUUUAACAAAAUCGACAUCACCGGCAACAACAUUUACACCGACAGCAACAUCGACACCGGCAGCAACAUCUCCGCCACCGGAAAUAAUAUCAACACCGGAAACAACAUCGACACAGACAACAACACAGACACCAACAACAACAUCGAUACCAAUAACAACAUCGGGACUGGAAACAACACAGACACCUACAAGAACACAGACACCGGCAGAAGCAACCAAGUCCGCGGCAGAACUUACAACAAACAUGGCAACAACUCAAGCUACAUCAAGUCAUGGAACAACAGAUUGUGGGUGGUUGCUACAGCCAACGAAUGGAAAUAUCACUUAUGCUCAAAACAUGACAACAUAUGGGUCUAAAGCUACAUACACGUGUGAUGAAGGAUAUUACAUUAAUGGAUCACAGACAAUACAAUGUGAAGCGUCAGGACAUUGGAGCACUAACGAAACACGUUGUCAAGUAAAAGAUUGUCAAACGCCUAAAUCAGUACGAGACGGCUUUAUUGAAACUCCAAAUGGAACAGAAUUUGGUGCUGUGGCCGACAUUUCCUGUAAUCCUGGAUAUACAUUACAUGGAGACAACUUUACAAAGUGCAUGGCGGAUGGCUCAUGGGAUACAUAUUCUGUUAAUUGCACGCUGAAUGACUGUGACAACGUCACAAAUGUACCUACAAACGGAUACGUAGACCAAACAAAUGGAACUACAUACUUAUCUGUUUCAACAUUCCGCUGUGAUAUUGGCUAUACAUUAUACGGAGACAACACUACAGUUUGCACAGAAGAAGGCAAAUGGACAGCAUAUAAUGUAACCUGUAUCAUCAAUGACUGUGGAAAACCUAAUGAUACAGCUCAUGGAACGGUCUUACCAGAAACGGGACAUGUUUUCAAAGACAAUGUUACAUAUAAAUGCAAUGAGGGAUACGAAACUUCUGAUGCAACGUUUAUCACCUGUAAUUCAUCUGGUGAAUGGAACAGACCUCCACCAAUGUGCAAAGACAUUAAUGAAUGUGAUCGGUAUACCGCAAAUUGUCAUAGACGAGCAGACUGUAAUAACACAGAUGGUGGUUACUGGUGUAAGUGUCAGACUGGGUUCAGUGACAUCUCAGGGGGUAAAGGAACUAACUGUGAAGAUAUAGACGAAUGUUCAGAUACCAGUACAAACAACUGUAAUAAAGACGGGUCCCAGUGUAUCAACUAUCCUGGAGGUUUUCUUUGUCUUUGUGACGACGGUUGGACGGCUGAUAAUUGUAGCAUCGAUAUAGAUGAAUGUAACACGACCGGCUGCGGUGUACGAGCUAAUUGUACAAACUAUGAUGGAGGCUACAACUGUACUUGUACUUCUGGCUAUCCAAAAGGAGAUCCGAAAAUACAUUGUUACGAAAAUGUCAUCAUAGAUCUGGAAACUCGCGUUGACCCCUUCAGAGGAAACGAUGAGCUGAUAGACGCUAAGCCUAUCCAUUACAGAUUUCCGUAUUAUGGAUAUGAAUACAACUCAUAUAGGCCAAAUAUGAAUGGCUUUCUUACACUUGGCUACCAACCAGUGUAUGAGCACUAUGGACCAGAAACUCCGGCUGACUGGAAGAAAUAUAGCCGGGGAAAUACCGUUAUAGCUCCAUUCUGGACAGAUAUUGACUCUACAAACCUUACUGGAGGACUUUAUGUUCAUCUCUUUGAGAAUUAUACCAACUAUGGUCAAAAUGACAGUCAGCAUAAAGACCUUUCACGUCUUGGAAAGAUAUUCACUGAAUAUUAUAAUCUCACAGAUUUCACACCUCGGGUUGCAAUUGUAGCCACCUGGAUUAAUGUCACACAGUCGUCCUACAUUGUACCUUCCAGGUUAAUUAGAAAACAUAAUGCUACAAUGCAAGUGAUACUAAUUUCUGAUGGUAUCUAUUCCUACGUAAUGUUCAACUACGACCAUGAACAGUGGUCGUUCGAAAUUGACGGAAAGAUUCCCAGCUCGGCUGGUUUUAGCCAAAGCGACAACACUGGAUAUAUUAUAGCCACCAGCAAAAAUUUUACACAUUUAAAUAAUGACACAAACGUAAAUGAAGGUACUAAUCAUAUUGAUGGAAGAUGGAUAUACAACGUGAGUAGCAACGAUAUAAAUAGAAAUGCAGUUUUACGGAACGAAUCGGAAUGUCUAGAAUUCAGCAGAAACAAAACAAUCAAAGACUGGAUAACGAAACAACGGGAAUUGUCAUACCCAUGUCCAUGUAGCGAGCAACAGAUGCAACUUGAUUACAGUUACCGCAGGGUGGAUCCAAUGUAUGAAAACAAACAGACUAAGACGGUUUGCUAUGAGGCAUGGUUCUUUAACAACGACGGUGUGAAGCAGACGUGCUGUUAUAGCUAUGGUGCGUUGAAAAAGGAAAAUAUCGGUGGCGGCUUUGCAACUUUUGAACACGAUAAAUACAAUACUACUCAAUACUUCUACAAAUGUUGUGAUGCAAAGACAGACAGGCACCUGUGUCAUCUCUUCUACGAAAUGAACCCGCCUGAUGAUUGUUCUAAAUUCCAGCCUGCGGACGAGCCCAUUGGUAGAUACAGGCGCUCGCUUAUCGGAUAUAUGAGAGGCGGAACUGAUCAGAUUUGACGGCCAAAGCAUUAUUAGACUUAUUAGACUGUUAUCAUUGUGCUGAAAUGAUUUGUUGCAUUCAUUUCAAGAUUAUUAACUUUUUAUCUAUUGUUA